CCAGGUUAAUUUUAGAGUUUUCAAAUCGUCAUAUUAACAUGUGAUCCUGAAGACUCUUCUCUUCUUUCUUCUACCAUUAGCUGAAAUCUUUACUUGUACCACAAUUAACCUCAAACCCUAGCCCCUAAAUCCCCCUAGAAAUCAAUCCAUCCUCAGUUCUCCAAAAAGAUAUCUUUGGUUUUUCUUCACUGACAAAACCCCUAAAAAUGGCCGACUCAUUCGAGCUAAUUGUAACCCGAAAAGAACCUGUUCUCGUCUCUCCAGCCUCCGAAACUCCAAAAGGUCUCCAUUAUCUCUCAAAUCUCGAUCAAAACAUCGCCAUCAUUGUCAAAACAUUCUACUACUUCAAAUCAAACUCAAGAUCCAACGAAGAAUCCUAUGAAGUCAUCAAGAAGUCACUCUCCGAGGUUCUCGUUCACUACUAUCCUGCCGCAGGGAGACUCACGAUCAGUCCUGAAGGAAAGAUCGCUGUGGAUUGCACCGGAGAAGGAGUUGUAGUGGUGGAAGCUGAGGCCAAUUGUGGGAUAGAGAAGAUAAAGAAGGCUAUAUCGGAGAUUGAUCAACCAGAGACUCUUGAAAAGUUGGUUUACGACGUUCCCGGUGCUCGGAAUAUUCUCGAGAUUCCUCCAGUGGUUGUUCAGGUGACAAAUUUCAAGUGUGGAGGGUUCGUGCUAGGACUAGGCAUGAACCACAAUAUGUUCGAUGGUAUCGCAGCCAUGGAGUUCCUCAACUCUUGGGCCGAGACGGCUCGUGGCCUUCCUCUCUCCGUUCCACCUUUCUUGGACCGCACACUUCUCCGACCACGAACCCCACCAAAGAUCGAAUUCCCACACAACGAGUUCGAGGACCUCGAAGACAUCUCCGGCACCGGAAAACUCUACUCCGACGAGAAACUCGUCUACAAAUCCUUCCUCUUCGGACCCGAAAAACUCGAGAGGCUUAAGAUCAUGGCAGAGACGAGAUCCACGACUUUUCAAACCCUAACCGGGUUUCUGUGGAGAGCUCGUUGUCAAGCCUUAGGGCUUAAACCUGAUCAACGGAUCAAGCUUCUCUUUGCUGCAGAUGGAAGGUCGAGAUUCGUUCCGGAACUUCCUAAAGGAUAUUCCGGUAACGGGAUUGUGUUCACUUAUUGCGUUACAACGGCAGGUGAAGUGACUUUAAACCCUCUUUCUCAUUCAGUGUGUUUGGUCAAAAGAGCCGUUGAAAUGGUCAACGACGGUUUCAUGAGGUCAGCGAUUGAUUACUUUGAGGUGACUCGAGCUAGGCCGAGCCUAACGGCAACACUUCUGAUCACGUCGUGGGCAAAACUGUCGUUUCAUACUAAGGAUUUCGGUUGGGGUGAACCGGUUGUAUCUGGACCGGUCGGUUUACCUGAGAAGGAAGUGAUUCUGUUUCUGCCAUGUGGUAGUGACACGAAGAGUAUCAAUGUGCUGCUUGGACUUCCUGGCUCGGCUAUGAAAGUGUUCCAAGGGAUUAUGGAUAUAUGAAUCAUUAAAAUUAUUUAUGGUUUAAUGUUUGAAUUUAAAUUAACUAUGAUUUAAAAAGCAAAUAAUGAUGAUAUAUCAAUUACGUGUUUGUGGUCGUAUGAAAUAUUGUUCGUCGGUGGAGCAAAAAUGUAACUAAGAUGUUAAAGUAUCAAGUUUAAUAAAGAAAGCUAUUGUGUUUACUAAAA